CCGUCGCCGCUGAGGCCGCGGGGACGGUGCGGGAGCUCACGAUGGAGGCGCCGCCGGUGACCAUGAUGCCCGUCACGGGCGGCACCAUCAACAUGAUGGAGUACCUGCUCCAAGGGAGCGUGCUGGACCAGAGCCUGGAGAGCCUCCUGCACCGCCUGCGCGGGUUGUGCGACAACAUGGAGCCCGAGACCUUCCUGGACCACGAGAUGGUGUUCCUGCUGAAGGGGCAGCAGGCCAGCCCCUUCGUGCUGCGCGCUCGGCGCUCCAUGGACAAGAGCGGGAUGCCCUGGCACCUGCGCUAUCUGGGACAGCCCGAAAUAGGCGACAAGAACCGCCAAGCGCUGGUGCGCAACUGCGUGGACAUCGCCACGUCCGACAACCUGACGGACUUCCUCGUGGAGAUGGGCUUCCGCAUGGACCACGAGUUCGUGGCCAAAGGGCACGUGUUCCGCAAGGGCAUCAUGAAGAUCAUGGUGUACAAGAUCUUCCGCAUACUGAUGCCGGGAAACACGGAGAGCAUUGAGCCGCUCUCCCUGUCCUACUUGGUGGAGCUCAACGUGGUCGCGCCAGGAGGACAGGACGUUGUUUCUGAUGACAUGAGGAACUUUGCUGAGCAGCUGAAGCCUCUAGUACACCUGGAGAAAAUUGACCCCAAAAGACUAAUGUGACUAAAAAUCUAGGCGAUUAAGGCACUGGUUUUGUGUUUCAGAAAAGGAUGUUUUUCUAAAAAGCUUUUUGUGGGCAAAUCAAAACAGAAGGAAAUAAAGUACUAAAUAUCGGUUUUGUCAGUUGCAA